GUCUCAGCGGAGAUGUAUUGAUAUCAAUCUUCAAUCUCUUCCUUCAUUCAGUAACACAAAGAGGGAGACUCAGAUAAUGAGUUAGCAGAACCUACAUGUCCGUCCGUCCAAGCAGGUAGGUACGUCAAGUAUCCACCCAGCCCAAAAUAGCUUUAAAGAUACCUUGUCUAGUACAAGCACAUGUUUGCGCAUUUGCACAUGCAAAUUGAUUGCUCCCUAACACUCACUCCUCCAAAAUCCUCGCGAUGGCAAAAAACAGCUGCACCUUGAUAUUUGCUGUAUCGUAAAGCUCACCCAAAGCGCAUUUAUUAACCUAGAUAGGCCCUUUCCUCUUCAUUUCCCUUUCUUCCUCCGAGUUCUUUUACACCAAAAACUGUAAGUACUUGAGCUUCCAUACUGUGGCGUCCCACCAACAUCAUCUCCCUCAUCUCCCUCCCCUGACCUCAGACGUAACGCACACACAGACACACGGACUACCUACUGCUCUCCCCAUCUUCCUCGUCCAUCUUGUUCUGUUCCCUUUUAGCCUCUGCAGGUCCCCUUCAAUUGCGACCAUCCCACUUUCCCACCUUCUUCUCUUCCAUCUGUUUACCUACCUAUCUAUCCUACACCAUCACAUCCCACCUGAAGCUCCUCUGAAAAAAGAAGAUUGCCGUUCCUGACUCGAAUCCAAGCUUAUCUACCACUCGUCAUCGAACGUCAUCACGAUUUCGACAAGCAAUUGACUUUAUCUCGAACCUUGCGACUUCCACCACUUGCACCGAUUCUUUGCGAGCAAUCCUAAAACAACUACCAUGUCUCACCAAGUUAAUGGCGACGUGAGCGCUGCUCAGUAUUCUGCCUUCGUCCAGCAUCUCCUCAACUACCCUGUCAUCAGCGACGGCGUCCACACCUUCAAGUCCAACGAAUUCGGCCAGCGCUCCAUCAAGCUCACCGACGCUGCUUACCAGACCUUCGCCGCUCCCGUCGUCCCCUACUUCGCCAAGCCCUACCAAUAUGUCUCUCCCUAUGUCCAGAAGGUCGACUCCCUAGGCGACAAGACCCUCGACCGUAUCGAUGAGAAGUUCCCCGUCGUCAAGAAGCCCACCGAUGAACUCUACCAAGAUACCCGCGCUCUCAUCCUCUUCCCAAUUCAGAAGGGUCUUGAGGGUAAGGACCACGUCUUCCAGGUCUACAACUCUGAGAUCAAGAAGGUCGAGCAAGGUGGCCUCGUCGCGCACGGAAAAGCUGCCGUUACCACCGUCCUCGUCGUUAGCAACGAGACUCUCUCUUGGUUGAGCUCUUUCCUGCAUCAGAAGAAGGCCGAGACCACCACUGCCGUCAACGAGAAGAUUAACCAGUAAACGUCUCAAUCAAUGACCAUGGCACCGCGAGCCUGAUGUGAUGACCGUCCUCAGCCGAACCAUACCUAUACCCCUCCCUGUUUUCAUUUUUACUCGGAAUUAUUUCUUGAAAUCAUUGCAAUUCCCGCUGUUUUUCUUUUCGUUUAUCGAUUCUCGGAGUUCUGAAUGAUUUGGGGGCACACGCACCGUUGCAAAUCAGCUUAUGACUUUCGGAAUAUCUGAUGCGCUUCUUUGGUCGUGCUGCAAACAUGAUUACAAUGGCUGUUUCAGCCUUGAGAAAUAAAGGUGUUGAAUUCGAUGUGCAUUUCUCUCUGUCGUGUCUCAUCGGCGCAAUGCGGGUUGUCUGUCUCCCCUUUCUCUUGUUUCUCUUGUUUCUCUCUUCCCACUUGAGGACUCUUGGCUGAUGAUGGGGUGGCUGACGCUGACGAGAUAUGUUGAUCAGAUGAUUGCGUAUCCUCGAGAUGCGUACGUGAGGAAUAGCUCGCGACGGGGGGGUUCAAAUCGUCAAAAGGAUGUGGACUUCAAAAGACUUGAAAACGACUUAAUAGAUUUUUUUUGUAUUCUCACGUGAAAAUUGAGUGUGAUUAUGGACCCCUGUCUUUGCUGAAUGGGUGAGCGAUAACGGAAUUUGUAUGCAAUAGGAGGCACAAACAUGAAGGGCUGUAACAAAAGAACUUGUCAUGAUCAUGAUGCAGUGGUUCUUAAUUCCGUUUACCACCACAAUGGUACGUGAUAGCGCCUAAGCUCACGAUCAUCUGAAGAUUUAUGUAGUGCAUAAUCUGGUAGUGCACAGGAAAGUCUAUCGACUUCUGUCAGACUGUCUGAGGAAGCAUAUAGCCACGGUUGGAUCAUAAGAUAAACAUUAACUGAGUGAAGGCUCUCGCUAAGUGUGCUGAAGGAAUAAUAUAAUUGGAUUAGGUUGGCACUGCGGUUAAUCUAGCUCUUCUUUCACUAUUACCCAACAGGAGUACAUUUCACCAUCUGUAUAUCAACAGUAGCUCUAUAUGAUAGACUCAGCCACGAAUAUGAUGAUAGGGCAUUAAAGAGCCUCACAUAAGAACAAGAAAACCGGUUGCGACAUCUGAAAUGAGAGCAGCU